ACGAUAAAAACUAGAAAUUUCAAAAAGAAAGGAAGGACAGAGGUUACAUAAGAGAUCAGAAAAAGCCCAGACAGACAACGCUGAAGCUCUUCAGCGCUGAGUGAGUGCCAUCAUGGGGAGAUGCUGCGAAAUUGAGAGUCUGAGGUGGUGAGACUGAGACCGAGACGGGCAGAAGGUGGAGAGAGUAGAGACAGAAGCAUGUUGCUGAGGCCGUGGAUGAAGACGGUAAGUCGGUGACCGCAAACACUGAAGAAUGAAGAGGAAGUGCCGCAGGGCUGGAUUGUUGUCAGCAAGAAUGGGAAAUUUCUGUAUUUUGAAGGCGAAUCCUUCUUGAAGCUGGUAUCCGCACCGGAUUGUCCAUUGCUGCUUUAGGAGAAAAGUUUUAUAUGCUAAUGACUAAUAUCGUUUCCUGUAAAUGAAAAGUCGCUGUCUUGUUCCUAAGAUUUUACUCGGUGUUUCAUUGUAGAGAGCCUGCUACCGCAUUUGAAAGGACAGCAAACAUGAGCAAAGAAUCAUGUUCAGAAGAAAAAGGCUUGAAUCUAUUGCAUCAGUUGGAAGACAUAUUUGAAAAUGACCCACUAAUUGAUGAAAUGGGCUAUAUUCAUCCGUCUCAAUUCUCCUUGCUUAAUGAUGAAUCGGGUAUUCCCGGUGAUUCACCUGAAGAAGUUUUGCAUCCAUCAGCAGAAAGGACGGCAAGCUCUGUGGAAUCACUUCUUGAUGCUUCCAACCAAGAGAACUUAUAUUUUUGGAACAGGGAUCAUAAGCUGGGAAUUUCAACCCAAAUUCUUCUACAAUUAUAUAGAUCUGCUAAACAAUCAUUUAUGUCUGCAUUUAAACAAUACAAGGCAUCUAAUAUUCAAUCUGACAAAGUUGUCGAUUCGUCAUAUGCCUUUCCAUCCUGUGAUCAUCUUGAAAGUAUACUUAUGAGACAUAGCAGAUCCCUUCUGCUGCUGAGCUGUGACUUCAUAACUGCUUGGAAUUGCAGAAAGUAUGUACUCUCCAAGAAGAAUCAACCCUCGGUGUUUAUGGAUGAACUUCACCUUUCAGCACUUGUGCUCUCAUAUGCGCCUAAAAGUGAACAAGCUUGGAGCCAUAGGCGGUGGGUAAUCAAGUCAAUCUCUGCAAACUGUUCAAAUUUCAACGAGAUUUUAGAGAAAGAAUCUGAGCUGGUGGAAAAAAUAGCUGAGGUCUUAAUUCUGUGUAGGAACUACAUAUUGUUAAAUUGGAAAGAGAUCAAAGAUGAAUUACCGUGCUUGGAAUCACCGAUGCUGGUUCUGCAUGAAUUGAAGAGAGCCAGAAAUUGGGCUGCGCAGCAUAUUGCUGAUAAUUCUUGCUUUCAUUACCGCAGACGUCUAUUGCUGAAGAUUUUGGAGGACUCAAGUUGUAGGAGAUGUGUAUCUUCUGGUUACAAUUUUGAUAUGGAGCAGCUUUGGAAGGAUGAACUUGACUGGAACAGAACAUUGGUAAAUCGUUUUGUUGGAAGAGAGGCUCUGUGGCUUCAUCGGCGGUUUCUUUCCUCAUGCUGGAUCAACCAUUUUCUAACAGAGUCGAGUAAUACAUCCAAUGCUUCCAAGGAGACAGCCAGCAAGUAUCAUGAAUUUGGAGAAUUUCUGGAGAAUGAAUUAUGUCUGGCGAAGUCUUGCUCAACUAUUUUGGAUAAUGACUUUGAGGAUCUCCAAUCACAAGCAAAACACUCCGCUUGUUAUAUCCUAUGGUUGAGAACGCAAGUCCCCAAGCCUCUAGAAAAUGAGCUUCUAGAGAAACUGAGAGGAGUUGAUCUGCUAAACUUGCUUAAUAAGUCAUGCCCAGAGAGAUCCUCGCUGUUCAAUGACAUUAUGAAGUAGAUGGAAGCAUGCAAGCUUUGUGUGAGGGAGUUCAUGUCUUUUGAAAAGAAGGGAAUACUAAAAGUUAUUGUUGAUUCCAUAAAUGUUCGUUUACCUGAUGCAAUUACCAAAAAUCCUUCAUACUGAUAAUAAACCUUUUAGACAAGAGCAAGAGAUUGCUGGACAUGCUUAAAUGUAAAUUUAAGAAUGUGACAUUGUAAUGGGUGUUUUUUUUUUUGGUGAUAUGUAUUGGGUGUUAUUCGGCUCUUGUUAGAAUGUGUUUCUAACCCAAGGUUAAGUUAUCCCAAAAUGAGAUAUAUCUUGAAGUUCUAUCUUUUA